CUGCAUGGUUUGCAAGCAGCGGUGACGGAGGCUGCCUUUUAUGAGUAAUACUCCGAUAAACCAACAGCUCUGAUCGGGGUGACACGCGCCCCUGUAUACUCACGCAAGACUGUCUUUGUGUAUGGGUGCACCAGUGAAGAGCCGCUGAACACUGCAGGCCCUGAUGGCUUAGCAGUGAUACACUAUAUUGCGCAAGGGGAUUAUCCACUGAACGGUUGACAGCAAGGAGACAUCCUGGAAGGUCAUAAUCACAAUCAACAGCCAGUGGUUGAGGCACAUAUAUCUAUUGUACAUCAUCCAGAUUUACUGAGUAAAGUCCCUUUGUAUACUAGGUGAUAAGGUGAUUUCAGGGAGCAGUUUACCAAGUGCCAAAGACUAAAAAUCAGCAAAAGGGAACCUCCACCAAAACACCUUAGGAGUGUGUCCACAUGUGAGAACUGUGAUUCUCUCUCUGUACAGGAAAGUUACCAGAGAGCCUGACGGAUCCCAAUAUCACUAGUGGUGCUCAGGUAACACAUUGUUAACGCCAUUGACAAAGGUCAGGGGAGACAGGGUGUGUUGGGGGUCAAGACGAAUGAUCACCCGUGGGGCAUGCGCCUGGUGUCAGAAGUGGGAUGAGAAGAUGAGGACAGCGUGUCAGUGAGAGAGCAACCUGGAGGCAGUAUACAGCCUAGAUCACAGAGCAGUCAGUCAUGUCAUAUUAUUAACUCACCUGUCUACACCUGACGCAGUCAUACGGAAUGUGCAACCCACCAGAGAAAGCUGCCGUUUCAUUGUGGUGUUAGAAGAACAAAAGGAUUAAAGGGGGGAUUAGUGAGAUUAGCAGUGAGUGACUUUAUCUUGGCUGGGGAUUGAGAGAGUGCUGUGUUUUACCAUGAGAGUUGGAGCACAAAGACCCAGGUGGACAGCGUUACUUGUUGGACUACUCCACCUAAUCACCAUCAGCUCAGGUGAGGAGGACAUGAACCAGCCAUUACUGCCACAGAUAACUGAUACAGAAACCGAAGUGACAGUCAACAAAGGAAAAACAGCCAAACUUAAAUGUACUGUGAUUAACCAAGGGACAAAAACGGUAAUAUGGAAGAGAGUUGAUGAGCCAAAUCCUCUGACUAUUGGAACAUUUCCAUAUGUCGCUGAUACUCGCAUUUCUACGACACACAACAAAUACAAGAACAUCUGGACGCUGCACAUUAAUCGGGUGCAGCUUAGCGAUGCCGGACGUUACGAGUGCCAGGUGUCCACUAAAGACCAUGUCUUCAAACACUUCAGACUCCUAGUAACAGAUGAAGAAAUUGAAGAGGAAGAAGUGCCGCGUGUGGUGUUGACUGGAAAGAAGUAUGUGGAGAUUGGUCAGCCCAUAGAACUGAUCUGUAAUGCCACUGGGGAGGAGGAGCCACCCCAAGACUUGGACUGGUUUCACAACGGUGACAAAAUAAACUCUGUCUCAGGCAGCGGAGUGGAAAUCACCAAGUACAAAAGCCUUGAGCUAAAGUCUAUCAUCAGCAAAUUACUGAUAGAAAAAGCCAAGAUGACAGACAAGGGUGACUACAUUUGCCGCGUAGGCCAUAAAGACGAUGAUGCUGCCAGUAUUUUGCUCUUUGUUUUAAAUGCUGCCACAAAUAACGUCAAGCGUGGAACAGAAAAGGACGUGGACAAGAAGUCUAGUGCUGAGAAAAAGACUGGCAAGGAAGUAAAGGAAGGAACAAUUACCUACGUAACAGGAAAAGGAAGUGGCUUCUCUACCUCCACUGUUUCCAUGGCAACACAUCCAGUACACCUCAUCACUUGGACUUUUGUAUUAAUAUACCUUUUCCAGUACACUCUCCAAGGACGGGGACUUGUCAUACAUCAUGCUCCAUAGUGUAAACUGUAAGACUGAGAUUCUAGUGCUAUGACAGACCACAACCCAGUGGUGGAGAAUCUGAACAUUCUGAGUCUUUAGACCUUAGGCCAGUUACUGUAUGCCUGAAAUAGGGCUUGAAAGUGUGGCAGCCUCUGACUGUGAUGCCACGUGGAUUGCAGAUUCACACAAAAAUGUCUCGAAAACGAGAACUUGUUUAAGGACGGACAGAGAAACAGUCAAACUUGCCAAGGGAAAGUCGUAUGACUUUCUAACGGGUAUUACAGAAGACUUGUGUUGAAACGAUGUUCAAAGUACGUUCCAGUUCUUAAUGAAAAAAAGAGUAUUGGUUAGAGAAGGACUCUGAAGCGAGUGCUACUUGUACCUUAAAAGUUACAGUGUAUGUGAAGAUGAAUAUAGGAGUAGACAGACCAAUGUUCAUGUAGGUCACAGGUACAUGUACAUUGUGUGUUUGUAUACUAGCCUAUCCGGAUAGUACAACUGGUACUCAGGCAGCAAAAUUUGUCCCAUAUGUACAUGUAUGUACCUUAAUUUAGUAAGUCUCCUUAAUAAUUUUCGUUUCCCAAUUUGUUUUUUUCUUAUUUCUUCUGUUUAUUUAUGACAAUGGCAUUAAUAAGACUGUAUGUAUUUCUUCGCCAUCUUUUAUGUUAUAAAUUAGAGUGUGAAACUAUGAACUGCAUAAUGAACUUCAAAACUAUAGACUGUGUAUGAAAUCAAUCAAUACCAAUAAGAAUCCCAAAUUACACAGAUACCGUUUCUCCUUAAUUUGUUCUAAUUUUCACCUUCAUUGUACCCAAAAAAGGUAAUACUUUCUAAUUCCAGAAGCAAGGUAUUGUUAUUUCUGAGUUACAAGGAAACAAAGGAAAAAAAAAAAUGUGAUGUGUUUCAUAAUGUAUAUAAUUAUACCAUUAUGAGAUAAAAUAGCUGUGUAAUCCCAGUAGAAUGGCUGCCAGUGAUUU